AUGGAGGAGGCAGUGGUGAAGCAGGGUGUGCUGUACCUCCAGCUGCAGCAGACCUUUGGGAAGAAGUGGAAGAAGUUUUGGGGUGUCUUGUACCGGGACAGCUCCUGCUCCACUGCUCGCCUGGAGCUCUUCGAGGGCUCAUCUCCACCAGCCCUCGAGAAGCUGAGGAAGGGGGAGGGCAGCAAGAAGCUGGUCAAGCUGAGUGACUGUGUGCAUGUGGCAGAGGUCAGCAGUGAUGCCAGCAGCUGCCCCAAGGAGACCACCCCCUUCCUGCUGGAGACCACCGACAAGAGGUUCCUCCUGGCUGCUGAGGGCACCGAGGCCACCACCUGGAUCCAGCAGCUGUGUGAGCUGGCCUUCCCGAGGAGCAGAGAGGAGCAGGCAGCAGGCAAGGAUGGGCAGCAGACCCCACUGGGCACCAGCAGUCACUUCUCCAUGGAGGAAAACUCCCUCUACAGCUCCCGGGGCAAAGCUGGCUUGGAGCAGGCUUUUGAGGUGACAGUGAGGGCCACCGAGUCCUCCGAGCGCUGCCAGCUCUGGGGCCAGUUCCUCCUGCGGGCUGGUGAGGAGGCAUUGGAGCUGCAGCACUUCCAGACCUUGGAGGUCCUCUACAGCUGGCCCUACCGCUUCCUGCGGCGCUUCGGGCGGGACAAGGUGACCUUCUCCUUCGAGGCUGGGCGGCGCUGUGCAUCCGGAGAGGGCAGCUUCGAGUUUGAUACCCCUGAGGGCAAUGAGAUCUUCCAGGCCAUCGAGUCUGCCAUCAGCCUGCACCGGGGACGGGCAGCCGAGGAGCCACGGCCAGGUGGCCCUGGGGACGAUGCCUCCUGGCCGCCUGGCCACGCCAGGAACCCCAGCUGGGCGCAGGGGCACCAAGAGGCAGGCGGCACCAAGCGUCCCUCGCGGGAGCCCAGCUGGGAAGGGAAGGUGCCAAAAGCCAAGCCGGUGACCACCCCAAGCAGCUGCCCUGCCUCUGGGGAGCCCUCGGGCACCUUCCUGUCCUGCCGCAGCGCUGAUGUGCCCCAGGCUGAGCACUGCACCUCCCUGCGCCGGGGAAACCCCCAGGUGCCAGAGCAGAGCUGGAAGCAGGACCCUGCAGCCAGGGGAGCUGCUGAGUCCGACUACGCCGUCCCCUUUGACAGCAUCGCCAAGACCUUCAUGGCUUGCCAGCUGGGCAGAUUGGGCCAGCACCCCGAGGAGGUCUCUGACCCUGUCUAUGCCAGCAUCAGGGAGGCAGAGGGGCAAGAGGGCAGCCAGCCCCCACCACCUCCCAAGCCCUACCACAUCUACGACGAGCCCGAGGGGCUGUCCCCUCACGGCGUCUACCACGAGCCCCAGGAGGUGAAGGGGGAGGCUUGGAAGCUCCAGGCGGCCCCAGAGGAACCCACUGGGCACCAGUGCCCCUACAACCCCCAGCGGGAUGACUACGCCGUGCCCAAGAAACCUGUGCCGCUCCGGCAGCCCUUCCUGCUGCGGGGCAAGGAGUGGCUGGGGGACGCCGACUAUGACAACGUGGCCCUCAAGCUCGCAAAGAAGAGGAACCUGCAGUGA